UUUUGUAUUGUGAUUAUGGCUUUGCCUGACAGCUGUCAAAAAAUAAACAAUUGUGUCAAUAAAUUGUUGAUUAAGUAUGGAAACUUGUUAUUAAAUGAAUCUCGGUUUCCCAAAAAUUCAUGUUAAAUAUGAAAGAGCGUGCUUAACUCGGCGUCGCGAUGUCAGGAGGCGACCGCAGUAAAAAGAAAACUCCGCGUACUCAGGGUUGGGAAGAAGCCGGAGCGGAGUUUUACCAAGAAAGUUACCCGUCCACCGACACCGAUUUCGAUGUGCUACAGCGCGAUCCGAGGCACCUGACCACACUUUUACCGAGCAAACAGAAUCGCGCGGUAGCCGCUACGAUAAAGCGUAUCAGAGGUGAUACGAAGACGUUCGGUCGACAUACACAUACCACGUUGAGAUCGCGACGUGGCUCGACCACUAAUCGUAGGGCGUCUACCACGGCCGAUAUACAGGUGUCUAUGCUGCCGGAUUUGUCGGAGAAUUUAUCCAACGAACAAAGAACUUGGGAGGAAAUUAUGCAGAUCAAGGCUUUACCCAUUUCGAUGGCGCAAAAGAAAGAAAUGAAGGCAAAAUUACAGAGUGAGCCGAAUUUACGACUGCAAGGCUUCGAACAGUUAAAGUGGAAGAGACGCAAGAUGUGGAAGAAAUUUCGAAUAUCCAUUAAGGAGUCGUAUUCGAAAUUGGAGCUGUGGAAGGGCGACUUGAAAAAGAUCGAGGGUAACUGCGGUACCGGCGUUGUCGCCUAUUUCUUAUUUAUAAAGUGGCUCCUGUUUUUAAAUUUCAGUAUUUUUUCGUUAGUCUUUCUGUUCGUCAUUUUACCUAGUAUUAUUUUUAAAAACGUCGAGCAAUGUGACGACUGCUGCUCGAGCGUCUAUUUCAAUCAGACGACCGACAGUAACAUCGUCCUUGAUUUGGUACAGGGUACGGGUCGAAUGGAACGGACGAUUUUGUUUUACGGCGUGUAUUCGAAUGAGACUUUUAGUUAUAAGGUGAACGGUGCUACGUUGUAUUACGACUUGCCUUUGGCGUAUAUUUCGGUUACGGUCAUUUACUUCUUGCUGUCGCUGUUCGCGAUCGUGAAGUCGGCCGCGAAGGGCUUUAAGGAGCGAUUAGUCGAGGGCGAAGGCCAAUUUUAUCAAUAUUGCAAUUUGAUCUUCGGCGGUUGGGACUUUUGCAUACAAAACGAGAAGACCGCCAAUAUGAAACACAAUGCGAUCUUCCACGAGAUUAAGGGCUUCUUGGAGGUUGAACGUCGCGAGGAGGAACGACAAAACCGUACGCAACAGGAACGAACUAAGCUGUUCGUGGUCAGGCUACUCGUUAACGUGAUCGUGAUCGUCGUUUUGGCCGCUUCGGCUGCGGCAAUUUAUUUUGUCUUUGAUUAUUCCACGAAGCAGGUAGCGAAUACGUUGAAAGAUGCCCUGUUCAGUUCGAGUUUCGAGAUGCUUUUCUACGAAUUCCUGCCGUCGUUGAGCAUCGUAUUUUUAAAUGUUAUCGUUCCGUUUGUGUUCGCGUUUUUAGUUAAUUUGGAAAAGUACAGCCCCUUGAAUGUUAUACGGAUCACUCUGGUGCGGACGGUUUUCCUGAGACUGUCAUCCUUGUGCGUGCUCUACGCGUCGUUGUACAUUAAAGUAGCGUGUGACGUGGAAAAUAUCAAUUCAUGCGUCAGCGCUGAUUGCGCGACCUGUUGGGAGUCUUUCGUCGGGCAGCAGAUCUACAAAUUGGUGCUUACGGACUUUGCGACGCACGCGAUUUUGACGUUCCUGGUUAAUUUUCCGCGCGCUCUCAUCGCAAGGAAUUGCACUAACAAGGCCGCGAAGUUUCUCGGCUCCCAAGAUUUCGAAUUGCCGAAGCACGUGCUUGACGUGAUCUACUCGCAGACGCUGUGCUGGUUGGGUUGCUUUUACUCGCCGCUGCUACCCGCGAUCGCGACGCUCGUGUGCUUUCUCAUGUUUUACAUAAAGAAGUUCGCUUGUCUAAUCAACAGCACCCCAAGCGUCACCAUUUACCGUGCCUCAAGAUCGAACUCGAUGUUUAUGAUUGUCCUACUAAUCAGCUACAUCUUCGCCGUCCUCCCCAUCGCGUACGGCAUCGGUGAGCUCCUCCCGUCGGAGUCGUGCGGGCCCUUUCGCGCGCUCCCCACGGUUUGGUCGUACAUCGUCAACAUUUUUGGAACCUCCCCAAUGUGGCUGCAGAGCAUUUUAUUUUUCGUGAGUACCGCCGGAUUCGCUGUACCAGCGUUCGUAGUACUAACACUCCUAGUCUACUACUACUGGGCGGUUAACUCCGCAAACCGUCAUAUGGUUACAGUUCUGAAAAAUCAGUUGGUGCUCGAAGGGCACGACAAACAGUUUCUGUUAGACAGACUCAGUAUGUUCAUUAAGCAACAGCAAGAGUCCCAAAAACGUCUCAGACACGCGGAGAUGAUGAAAGACGGGGAACGAAUCGUGUCCAGUAACUGAACGACCAGUUUUGUAUAUAUAGGUCCCUUAUCUAGCCGUAGAUCAAUCGUAGUUCCACUUAGUUCAAUUUGACUGACCAACGUUAAGCCAAAUGUAAACCUGCCAAAGCGCGUUCUUUGAUCUCCGCAUCAUUUUUGCCGUACGCUCAAAUUUUACAGGCUUAGUAAUAGGACACUUUCAUUUUUGUGAUAUUUAUUUAUGUAAUUUAAUUAAAUCCAUUUUUGUAAAUUAUGAUGAAUGUAGCUGAAAUAAAAGAUUUUACAAUUUG